GAGUUGGAGGGCAGCACCUUCCCUUCCUCCAGCCCAGCCUCCUUCUGUAGAGCGGAGCUCAAUAGAACUGUGUUGUUUUGCCUUUUACUCUGCGGGGAGAGAAGCAGAUGAUGAGGAGAAAAUAAUGAAUGUCAAAGGAAAAGUGAUUCUGUCAAUGCUGGUUGUCUCAACUGUAAUUGUUGUGUUUUGGGAAUAUAUCAACAGCCCAGAAGGAUCUUUCUUGUGGAUAUAUCACUCAAAAAACCCAGAGGUUGGUGAAAGCAGAAUUCAGAAGGGCUGGUGGUUUCCGAACUGGUUUAACAAUGGGACCCACUUUUACCAAGAAGAGGAAGACAUAGAUGAUGAAAAUGAACAAGGAGAAGAAAAUAACGCAGAGCUUCAGCUAUCAGACUGGUUUAACCCACAGAAACGUCCAGAGGUUGUGACAGUGACCAGAUGGAAGGCACCAGUUGUGUGGGAAGGCACUUACAACAGUACCAUCCUAGAAAAUUAUUAUGCCAAACAGAAAAUUACCAUAGGUUUGACAGUUUUCGCUGUUGGAAGAUACAUUGAGCAUUACUUGGAGGAGUUCUUAAUAUCUGCUAAUAGGUAUUUCAUGGUUGGGCACAAAGUCAUAUUUUACAUCAUGGUAGAUGAUGUCUCCAGGAUGCCCUUGGUAGAGCUGGGUCCUCUGCGUUCCUUCAAAGUGUUUGAGAUCGAGCCUGAGAAGAGGUGGCAGGACAUUAGCAUGAUGCGUAUGAAGACCAUCGGGGAGCACAUUGUGGCCCAUAUCCAGCACGAGGUGGACUUCCUCUUCUGCAUGGAUGUGGACCAGGUCUUCCAAGAUAGCUUUGGAGUAGAGACCCUGGGUCAGUCAGUAGCUCAGCUACAGGCCUGGUGGUACAAGGCCGAUCCUGACGAGUUCACCUAUGAGAGGCGAAAGGAGUCUGCAGCAUACAUUCCAUUUGGCCAGGGGGAUUUUUAUUACCACGCAGCCAUUUUUGGAGGAACACCCAUUCAGGUCUUAAACAUCACCCAGGAGUGCUUCAAGGGAAUCCUCCAGGACAAGAAAAAUGACAUAGAAGCUGAGUGGCAUGAUGAAAGCCACUUGAACAAGUAUUUCCUUCUCAACAAACCCACUAAAAUUUUAUCCCCAGAAUAUUGCUGGGAUUAUCACAUAGGCCUGCCUUCAGAUAUUAAGACUGUCAAGAUAUCUUGGCAGACAAAAGAGUAUAAUUUGGUUAGAAAUAAUAUCUGACUUUAAACUGUGCCAGUAGGUCUGAAUCUGAGAGACCUGGCUAGUAUUAUUCUGGCUACUUCCUCAGAAGAGUAACACUUAACUUUUAAACAAUACUAACAAAACACCAACACAGCAAGUACUUGCUCUUCUUCUUUAUAAGUUUGCAGUAUGGGAGAAUGAACCUAUGGUAAUCAGAUGUAAAUUCCCAGUGAUUUCUUAUCUACUCUGGGUUUGGGGAAAAUACUAUCAACUGAACAACAACAACGACAACAACAAAAUUGACACAGGCAAAGAAAAAGCCAGAAACACUCUCUACGUGCCAGAUAAUGUAUUGGAGAAAAGGGUGCUAAGGAAGUAUUUGGCAACAAGAUAUAAUUAUGGUAGGGGUGGGGGUCAUCCCCAUGACUUCAGUGUCUGCUGAAUCUAAAGCAACAUCGAGUUGCUUGGCCGCAGCAGAACUCUGAAUAAGAAUACAAUCCACCUGGGCAAUUCUCAGAUGGUUUCAGUAGCAGUCUGCUUCAGGCCAUUUGCUGUCCAUGUUUUCCCAUCUGGAAAGUGCUGUUUGGCUUCUGUGCAGAAGAUUGGUGGAGAUUCUCAAUGGUUAUCAUGGUGAUGAAGGUUUGGAGUCCAGUGGGUGUUCGGCAUGGAGUGAAAACACAGACUCAAAGUGAGUUUUCCACGAAAUGGCAGAGAGUGGCAAAAGAGGAGACUGAUCACUAUGGGCCACCUCUGAGGGGCACACGGCAUGGGUCUGGUGCUUAAACGCAGCAUGGAUCCAGGCACCAAGCGGGACGCAGCGCGGGUCAUCUCCAGCCUCCUCAGACCCACAAUGACCAGAGCGGAGGGGUCUUUGCAUGGAAGAUGCUUCCUGUUUUUGCCUAAGUUACAUUCACUCUGCCAGAUCCUGCAACUUGUGCCUUCAGUUCCUUAGCUAGAAGUGGAUGGUGCCAGAGAAGGCAAAGCCCUGCAGUGGAGAAGAGGCUUGCAAGGAGUUAUAUUUCCCAAACUUGGGGUGCAGGACAGUAAGCCGUCAACAUGUCCUGUUGCCACCUACUCUAGCUCUCAGGGCCAUUCAGCCCAUCCUGCCCCCAAGUGGAGCACUGACAUCAAGGAGUAGAUUGAUUUUGAAAAACUCUGCCAUUAAGGAACUUCCUUUUCCGCUGCCCUGUCUGCACUACUGAAGCCUGAGAAUGAGACAUAUUGAAUAAAAUGGCUAAUUGAUUGAUUUUAUAUCUCAAGCAGAGAGGAUGGCAAUGGGAGGCCCAGUCCUCAUAACUGAACAGCUUAACAUAGAGUUCCCUUCUCUAAGAGAAGCUAUGAAAUCCUACAUAUUACUUAAAGUUAAGCGAUUCAAUGUCAAGGAAGUUGGGAGGCAACAUCUACAUAUGCAGGUAUAUUUAUAGUUUGCUUGUGUUCCAGUUUUGAUAAUUUUUUUCCCAUUUUUAAGUGAUUUAUUUGAAGAGCCACUGCACAGGCGCCAUGUUCAGCACAGUGGGCUUAUGUGAUAAAAUGAAGCCCAUGUUUUUUCUACCAUUUCACUGUGCCUCCUACUCUUCAAUCCUUGCCAAAAAAAAAUCUCACAACUAGCAAAACCAAACCAAACCAACAAAAAUCCUGAAGACGUGGAGUUUGUAAAAGAAAGUGAAGACCACACAUCAGUUAGGACACUCUCUUUCCAGGACUCAACUUCUGAGAUCCAUUCUGGAGUAGACAAUUGAGCAUUUAAGUCCUAAACCAAAGAAAUGAUCUAUCUUAAAAGAUUUAGGGGAAAGGGUUGAUGUUUAACUUUAGAGAGAAUAUUGAUUUCUUUUUGCUUAAAUUUAAAUCCCAAAUGAACAAACUCAAGAUAUCAUUCAUAGUUAUUCCUAAACAUUAAAAAAUAAUAAUAAAAUUCCGAUUCCAAUUGAAUAAAUUAUUUUCUCAG